AUGAACGGCGCCAUUAGAGCGCUCUAUAUCUACGACGAGUACAACGUACCGAUUCUAGAACAUGUGUAUCGGUCUCGGCCUCCCUCCGCAUCCUCUCUCAUAUCGCGGUACCUCGCACACCCCGCACCACGACCCUCCUUGAUAUACCUUACAGAGACCUCUCCUGCCGUAACGGUAUUUUCGAUAUCACAUUCGAAUCUACUUUUCCUUUCUCCGAGCGAUGUCGAUACGGAACCCCUCCUUGUUCUCGAAUUCUUACAUAGAGUCGUCGACGUGUUAGAGGAGUUUGUCGGCGCCCCUCUAUUGUCGACUAAGAUACAAUCGAAUUACGAUGUAGUCGCGCAGCUUUUGACGGAGAUGUGUGAUGCGGGGUUGGUCAGCAAUACAGAAAUCAAUGCUUUGCAAGAAAAUGUUGAGACUGCAGGUUGGAUGAACAAGUUUCUGGGUGGUGUUGGAUUACCACGUGCGGCCUCUCCGAGUACAGCAGCACUCAAUCCCCUCAAACCGCAAUUACCAAACCCCAGAGCUGCAUCCGCUUUGGGACCAGCUAUACCAUGGCGGCGACCAGGCGUGCGGCACACUUCGAACGAGAUAUACGUUGAUAUAAUCGAAACCCUGUCGGUAACCAUAGCUCCGUCCGGACGACUUCUUUCCGCAUUGGCUUCAGGGACAAUUGCAUGCACGGCAAAAGUGUCUGGUGUUCCCGAUCUUCUAUUAAUGCUCACGACGCCCGGCGGGCAACGGGCGAUCAAUCAAAAAAUGCAACUACCCGUAUUCCAUCCCUGCGUUCGACUUGCGCGCUGGAGAGAGCGACCCGGAGAACUGAGUUUCGUGCCUCCAGACGGAAAAUUUAUACUUGCAGGAUAUGAAGUCGACCUCCUCCCCAUUGAUCCGAGCAUUGAUGAGCCGCCGAGACAUAUGGAGAAGUUGUUUUUGCCCGCAUUUGUUGCUAUAGAAAAGUCAUUGGGACCAAGCGGAAAGGAUUUUGAGGUUCGUUUGACACUAAAUACAAGUUUCCCAGGCGUCCGGCCGCCGAAUACAGGGCGUACUGGUUCCGGGAGCUCGACGCCGUCCUUCUUAGGAGGUGGGAGCAACAGUGGGAGUCCGGCACUUCCUGUCCUUGAUGAAGUGAUUGUUCACGUACCUAUACCCCAAGCAGUCCGAAAUAUAACAGAUAUGCGCCCAAGCCGCGGUGAAGCAGAUUAUUCACCCGGCGACGACUACCUAGAAUGGAGAAUAUACACCAAAGACAGCGGAUCAGUAUCCGGCACAGCGACGCUACGUUGCACAGUUGUCGGCUACCAAGAUGAUCUGGAUGAAACCGAGGCAGAGAUUGCAGCUGGUCAAGAAUUAUUACAGGGCUACUAUGAUGGUGAUCCCUAUCAGCAAGACCCUACAACAUACGCAUCCGAGUCAUACCCUACAGGCAAAUCAUCAAAACCGCGAAAACCAAAGUCCACAAAAACGAAGAAGAAGAAAUCAAAAUCCAAAAAGGAGUCUAAAGCCAAUGCCGCUGUUGAAGGACAAUCGACUUUGAUUUCAGACAAGCCAAGUUCAUCGCAAACCUCCACACCACCUCCCUCUACCCCCGCCAACAAUCACACUACAAAUAACCCGCCAUUCAAAGAAAGCGCCUCCCGCAAAGAACAAGUCCAUUCCGCUCUCAUGCCCAAAUCUGCGACGGUAUCCUUCUCGGUUAAAGGGUGGCUACCAUCCGGCAUCCGAGUUGACAGUAUAAACAUCGAUUCUCGCAAGAGUCGGGGAUUGGGUGAAGGUGUACGACCUUAUAAAGGUGUAAAAUACCUGUGUGUUAGUCGAAGGGGUAUUGAACGGCGGUUCUAG